CUUAUUAAAUAGAUAUUUGAAAAAUGGCACCUAGCAAAGCAAUGAAGAAGAGCCGAAAAACUAGAGUGAGUCAAAUUCCUGGACUUCAUAGCACCUUGACCGAAGAUGAAUCACAGUCUCAAGGUCACGAAGAGUCCGGCUAUGCUGGCAUGGAAGACUGGAUGCAACCAAAGCAGCUUUUGAAGCCUGACGAUCAGCUGGAAUUAACAGAAGGCGAACUUAAGGAAGAAGUGACCCGUAUCUUGACUGCCAAUAAUCCUCAUGCACCAGACAAUAUUAUUCGCUUCAGUUUCAAAGAGAAUCAGUUCAAGCAAGUGGCUCACGUGGACCAGCUAGCAGUCCAUUUCACUCUUGAUGGAAACCUACUUCACAAGGAUUCAGAAGAUGCGAAACACCAAAUGGCCAGACAGGCGCUCUCAGAAUUGGGCUCUGAUUUCAUGAGUGGACUAAAUGCGACACGAGCUCAGCAGGCAAAUGAUGCGGAAGCCGACGAACAGGGAGGCACUUUCAUGAGGUCUGGUAUGACCACUGCAAUGUCCAACCGAGACCCCGAUAAAGAUGAGCAAGAAACACAGCAGAUUACAAUCAAGAACAAGAAAGACGUGAAGCCUGCGAAUCAGUUCAACUACAGCGAGAGGGCUUCACAGACUUACAACAAUCCUCUCAGGGAGCGGUACGUGCAGACGGAGCCCCCUCCCCGUCACAACUUCUCCGCCAAUGCCAACCAGUGGGAGAUAUACGAUGCCUACAUGGAGGAUCUAGCCAAAAACGAAAAGGCGAAAGCGGCCGCAGCUGGUAAGACUCCCCACCAUGGAAAAGGCAAGGAUGAUGGGAAGCACAAACUGGCAGUGAUGGCAGACAAAGACGGGGAUGAACUGAAGGGAUCGAUGGGACAGCCAUUGCACAUUCUGGAGAGAAUGGUCAACCAGAACACAUUCGACGAAAUAUCCGAGGACUUCAAGUAUUACGAGGAUCCAGCGGAUGAGUAUAAGGACAAUGGGAAUGGAACUCUUCUGCCUCUGUGGACAUUCUCUAACGAGAGGACCAAGAGGCUGGCAGUCACUGCCCUCAAGUUCAACCCACUCUAUUCUGACUUGUUCACUGUCGGAUACGGAUCAUAUGACUUCUUGAAGCAGGGCGAGGGUCUGAUGCUGUGCUACUCGCUGAAGAACCCCUCUUACCCGGAGUUCGUGUUCGAGACCGAGAGCGGGGUGAUGUGUGUGGAUGUACACCCCACCUACCCCUACCUCAUCUGUGUGGGACUAUACAGUGGUCACGUGGCUGUGUACAACAUGCUACAAAAUCAGGCGCCGCCUAUAAUGAGUAGUGCGGAAGCGAAGCAUGCUGACCCGGUGUGGCAGAUCAACUGGCAGAAGGACGACAUAGACACCAACUUGGUCUUCUUCUCCAUCUCCUCCGACGGAUACGUACUCUCUUGGACCCUUGUCAAGAAUGAACUGAAACAGAAUGUGAAGAUGAUUCUGCAGGACCCUCAAGCCACACAAAGUGUCGACCAGCCCGCUCUAGAGUCCGGCACAGCUAUGGCAUUCCACGGAGACCUGGACUACCUGUACCUUGUGGGCACUGAGGAUGGUAAAGUGCGCACUUGUAGCAAGGCCUUCUCUAGCCAGUACCUGGACACUGUGCAGGCCCACUACAUGGGGGUGUACAAGGCAGUGUGGAACCCAUUCCACUCCAAGAUAUUCAUGACAUGUUCAGCCGACUGGAGUGUGAAGAUAUGGGACUACACUUACCACAAAAAGGAGCCGAUGUUCGUGUUUGACUUGAACAGCGCAGUCGGGGAUGUGGCCUGGGCUCCCUACUCUUCCACCGUGUUCGCAGCCGUCACUGCCGACGGAAACGUGUAUGUGUUUGACUUGAGUGUGAACAAGUACGAGGAGGUGUGUCGUCAGAUGGUGGCCAAGAAGAAGAAGACCAGACUCACACACAUCCAGUUCAACCCAAAACACCCAGUACUCAUCAUAGGAGACGACAGGGGUUACGUGCAAAGUGUUAAACUGUCUCCAAACUUGAGAAAAAUGCCGAAAGAGCGAAAACUAAUGACCACAGACGCGGCCAAAGCGCCGAAAGACGACAAAAAGACAAAGGAGUUCGAAAAGAUGGAGAAGCUCUUAUCACUCGUCAGAGAACCAGAAAAGCUCAAGGACUCUUCAUCGACUUAACUCAAUUCGGCCGUCAAAACCGAAAAAAAAAAUAGUUCUAUUGUUUUACGGUUCUUAUUGUUGCAAUUCUAGUUGCUGUUUUUGGUCUUAAACUGCAGCUGAAAAUUAUCACAUCAUUUACGCCAUUUUCUUCAGAUAAUUAGAUACUUUUCUAAUGAUCAUAGAGGUUGAAAUUGUAUCUAUCAAAAAUGUAAAUAGAUAAAUGAUCUUUAGUAAAACUAUUCGAAAAUCAAAAUUUGUUCAAUAAAAAUCAGAAAACAACGUUGAAUUGAUUUUUGCUCUUAAA